CGGCUCUGAUUUAGAUAUAUAAUACAAAUACAAGAAUUAUAUCUUAGUAUUUAAUUUUUAAAGCUUUUGUAAUUAUUUUAUAAUACUGUUAAUAUAAACAGAGUAACAGAGAAUCAUUUGCAUCACUGUUUUAAAUUUGUCUGAAGUAUUUUUUUUUUUUAUCACAAUAAAGGAAAGUAAUUAUUGAAAUUUCAAGUAUAAGAAGCAAUAACAUCAUCAUUGUCAAAUGCUGAAAGCUCAGACCAGUUCAAUUCUGCAGACAUUAUCUCAACAUUAUGCCAGUAGUAUUAAUACUGAUGGAUCUAAUUCUGUACUCAAUAGUGUUAAAAAUACUGAAGAUGCCGUAAAUUUCAUAACUUUUAAUCAAGAUGCCUCGUGUAUAGCGGUAGGUUUAAAUAAUGGAUAUAAAAUAUUUAAUUGUAAACCAACAUUUGGGAAAUGUUAUCAAUAUAGAAAGGAAGAAUCCAUAGGAAUAAUUGAAAUGUUAUAUUGUACAUCAUUAAUUGCUGUUGUUGCAUUAGGAGAAGAACCAGGUUCUUCACCUAGAAAAUUAAAAAUUAUAAAUACAAAGAGACAAUCAACUAUUUGUGAUUUAAUAUUCCCAACAUCUAUUUUACAAGUUAAAUUAACGAGGACAAGACUUUUAGUAUUAUUAGAAGAUCAAAUUUAUAUUUAUGAUGUUACAUCUAUGAAAUUAUUGCAUACAAUUGAAACUAGUCCAAAUCCUCAUGGAAUAUGUGCUAUAUCAACAAUAGCUGAUAAUGAAGGUAAUAUAUAUUUAGCUUAUCCUUCACCUCCUAAAACAAUAACUCAUGAUUCACUUUUAGUAAUGGGUAUAAAUACAAAUGGUGGAUCUAAUUCAAUUCAAAAUAAUAUUCAAUCAGUAAGUAAUACUCCCAAUAGAGUUGGGGAUGUAAUUAUAUUCAAUUUAACCACUUUACAACCUUUAUCAGUUAUUGAGGCUCAUAAAGCAGCAUUGGCUGCUAUAGCCUUAUCAAGUGAUGGUACAUUAUUAGCAACUGCAUCCGAUAAAGGAACAAUUGUAAGAGUAUUUUCAGUACAGACAGGAGUAAAAUUAUACCAAUUUAGAAGAGGAACAUAUCCAACAAGAAUUUAUUCAAUUAACUUUAGCUCUGAUAAUAAAUAUGUUGUUGCAACAAGUUCAAGUGAGACAGUUCAUAUUUUCAGAUUAGGUGAAGAAGAAUCUUUAGCUAAAAAGCAUAAAACAACCCAACAAAUUGCCUCUAAGAAAAGGACCAAACCUGAUUAUGAAACAAUUAUUGAAGAAUCAGAGGAACCUAAUGGAUCUAAAGGGGAUAUAGACAAUGAAGAUUUUGAUGAUAUACGAGAUGAUGGAGAUGAUAGUGAUGCUGAAGUUGCAGAUGAUGAUGAAGCAAAUGAAGAAAUAUCAAAUAAACAACGAAAACUUUCACAAAGUUCUACAAAUUCAUAUGUUAGUGUAAAUUCUGGAGUUAGUGGUGAUGAGUCAAUCAGUAAUGCAUCUAAUUCAACUACAUUAAAAAGUGAACCAUUAGUUGAUCAGAAUAGAUUAUCAGUUGCCAGACUUAUAAGGCGAUCAUCACAAACUUUAGGUAGGAAAGCUGCUCAAAGAAUGGGAGAUUUCUUACCAUCAAGAUUCUCAUCAAUUUUAGAACCCACCAGGCAUUUUGCUUCAUUAAAAAUCAAUGCUGUUGGAAAAGAUGUCAAAUCAAUUGCUGUAAUGAAUAAUGAAUUACAACAUGAUUUUGUACCUCAAGCUCUAUUAGUAAAUUCAAAAGAUUCUUCAACUUCUAUUAAGGAUCUCCACCCUUCUAAAGAUUUAUUAGAAUUGAAUCUUUUACAUAUAUAUGUUGUAACAUCAGAAGGUUUCUUUUACACAUAUGGUUUAGACCCGGAAAGAGGUGGUGAUUGUAUCUUAUUAAAUCAAUAUUCGUUAGUGGGAGAAGGUGUAUAGAGUAAGUAGUUAAAUCAGGUGAAUAAAUGUUUAAUUCUUUUAA